CUUAUGAUGUAGUUAUCCAAUUUCUGUCGGGAUUGGUUUACUAUAUUUGUACGUUGAAUGGCAAAACUGUAAUAAACGGUACACUGACUCAGGCAAAGUGGGUUACUUCGUUGUCGUAAACGACGACCAGCUCCUGUCCAAUCAUAUUCGAGAAAACUCCGUACGGAAUCAUGCAAAGAGAGCAAGAGAAUAGGAGGGUUAUAUGGUCAUUUCACCUCCUCAUGCUGUUGACGAAGGUAGUUUAAACUUCAAUUGCGUGCUUCUAUUUCACUUCCCCUGUUUUUCAAAACUCUCAACAAAAAUUAAGAAAAAAAAUAAUCUCAAAGGAAAAAAUUCGGUAGUGUUUGGAUUAUGACUCUAUCGUUAUUUCGAUCUGUGGUGGAGGGAAUCGUAACUCGGCGGAUAAUUCUUCUGUACGCAACGACGUGGACGGUUCUGUUAACGGUCACGGUAGCGGUGGCGUCGUUUGCACCGGAAAUCGCAUACGUGAUGGCGAUAACGCCGUCGUCAUCGUUUUCCAAGGCCUGUAAUUCGAAAGGGUUGGUAAGAAUACCACUGAGCGAUCCAAUGGAGGUGCUAUGCUUCCCAUCCCAUAUGGUAAAGAGGUCCAGGAUAGAUUUCUUCGUCCCUACAGUCUUCGCCGCUCUUGUUGUGGCCGGUUCCGCUUGCGUUGUUCGUUCUUUUGGCUUAUAUGGUGGUUGACGUUGUUCCGUGUGAUCGUUUUUUUUUUUUUUUUUUGAGGGUAAUCCCUGUGAUCAUUAAGCCUUUUCUUUUUUAUUUCAAUCUCUCUUUAAUUUUAUUUUAUGGAGAGUCUCUCAACUCAAUAUAGGUUUAUUAGUGGUAUGAGUUUGUGUUGUAACAAUUGGCUAGUUUAUGUAUGGUCAAUGUUGGUUGAAAUGAAUUUUGAAAAAAAAUUGUAUUUUUGUGA